UACAAUACAUGCAAGAAAAAACACAGCUCAAAGCUCUUGUCCUCUCUUCAUCAUUUUCACAUGGCAGAUUCUGGAACUUGGCCUUCAUGGAAGGCACUUCUAUUCAUCGCUCUCUUCUCCAUGGUCAUUAGCUGCAGAGGGAACUCUGAUCAAAAGGUAUACGUGGUGUACAUGGGAGAGCUUCCGAGAGGCGACUUCUCUACGUCGGCACAUCACGUGAGCCUUCUGCAGGCGACUCUCGGAAGCAAAAGGGCGACGGAGUCUCUGCUCCACAGCUACAAGAGAAGCUUCAAUGGGUUCGUGGCCAAGCUGACCGAGGAUGAGAGGAAGAGAAUUGCUAGCUUGGAAGGAGUGGUGUCCGUGUUCCCUAGCACCAAAAAACAGUUGCACACGACGCGGUCAUGGGAUUUCAUGGGCUUCCCUAUCAACGCACAACGAUCCCAGACAGAGAGUGACGUCAUUGUCGGAAUGCUGGACACCGGAAUCUGGCCUGAGUCGCAGAGUUUCGACGACAAGGGCUUUGGUCCGGCGCCCACCAAAUGGAAGGGCACUUGCCAGUCCUCAUCUAACUUCACUUGCAACAACAAAAUUAUAGGAGCAAAGUACUAUCACAGCGAGGGCAACAUUAGUCCACCGGAUUUCCCAUCGCCAAGAGAUUCAGAAGGACAUGGGACGCACACGUCGUCCACGGCAGCCGGCGGGUCGGUUUCCGGGGCCAAUAUGUACGGCUUAGCGGCCGGAACAGCACGCGGAGGAGUGCCGUCUGCGCGCAUUGCAGUUUACAAGAUCUGCUGGUUCGAUGGGUGCUCCGAUGCAGACAUUCUUGCGGCAUUCGACGACGCCAUUGCUGACGGGGUCGACAUCAUCUCCAUCUCAGUGGGAGGCUCCUUUCCCUCCGAUUACUUCGAUGAUCCCAUCGCCAUCGGCGCAUUCCACGCCAUGAAACAUGGGAUUCUGACCUCCAAUUCCGCAGGUAAUUCGGGUCCCGACCCUGAGAGCAUCACCAAUUUCUCGCCUUGGUCCCUCUCGGUUGCAGCCAGCACCAUUGACAGGAAGUUCCUCGCCAAGGUCACCUUGGGAAACAACGCAUCUUAUGAGGGAGUAUCGAUAAACACAUUCAUCCUAAAGGAUACUAACAAUUACCCUUUAGUCUAUGGAGGAAAUGUGCCCAAUACUAGUGCAGGUUAUGAUGGAUCCACAUCAAGAUAUUGCGAACCUGACUCGUUGGACCAGAAACUAGUGGAAGGUACGAUUGUCCUCUGCGAUGCGCUGAGUGAUGCAGAUGGACCGGCGGCUGUGGGAGCAACCGGAGCUAUAAUGAACGGUGAUAUCUUCAACGAUUCCGCCUUCGCUUUCCCCCUGCCGGCAUCAUACUUGUCAUCACUUGAUGGUGCUCGUGUUUACAAUUAUAUCAACACAACAAGCAAUCCGACAGCAACCAUCUUCAAGACCACUGAAUUCAAUCAAACAGCUCCAUUUGUCGUUUCCUUCUCUUCAAGAGGCCCAAAUCCCAUCACAAAGGACAUUCUUAAGCCUGAUCUGACUGCACCGGGAGUGGACAUUCUAGCGGCAUGGUCGGAGGCUACUACGGUGACCGGAAUCCCCGGAGACGAGAGAGUAGUACCGUACAACAUCAUCUCCGGUACAUCCAUGUCUUGCCCUCACGCCUCCGCUGCAGCUGCGUACGUCAAAUCCUUCAACCCCACAUGGUCCCCUGCCGCCAUCAAAUCUGCUCUCAUGACCACAGCUGCAGUGAUGACCGUGAAGGCGAACUCAGACGGGGAGUUCGCAUACGGGUCCGGCCACAUUGACCCUGUGAAGGCGAAAUCCCCCGGUUUGGUGUACGACAUGGGGGAGGCCGACUACGUGAAGUUCCUGUGCGGCCAAGGUUACAGCAACAAGAACCUGCAGCUUGUUACCGGCGACAACUCCACAUGCACCGCGGCCAACAACGCCACGGCCUACGACCUCAACUAUCCUUCCUUCUCGCUGAGCGGCUCCGCCACCGCCGUCUUCCACCGGACUGUCACGAACGUGGGGUCCGCGACGUCCACGUACAAGGCUGCGGUGGCUGCGCCGUCGGGGCUGAGCGUGGGAGUCCAGCCUACCACUCUGUCGUUCACGUCGGUGGGGGAGAAGCAGAGCUUUGUUGUGACGGUGAAGGCGACGGUCACGAGUGGUAUGGCGUCGGGGGCUUUGGUGUGGGACGAUGGGACCUACCAAGUCAGGAGCCCUAUUGUGGCUUAUUCUCAUUCUUUCUGAGCUUUUAUUUAUUUCCAUUUUUUCAGAUUCUGUUGUUUCAACUGUCAAUCGGAAUAGGUUGGUUGUGUUUGUUAUUCUUUUGUUAUUUCGGCGCGUUUGGGAGUUGCUGUUGUAACAAGGGCAAGGAACUGUAUUUCAACGAAUGCUUAAACAAGCAUUUUUAUUUAUUU